AUGCAAGAAGAAAGAGAAGUUGCGGUAUGUAGAGGAACUGCCGUGAUGCUUACAGCUUGGAAUGCAAGUUUGUCCCCAUUGAGCAAUGUUGUAAUAAUAUGCUGCUGCUUCUGGGCUGGAAUGACUUGGUCUGAGGCUGAAGUGGAAGAAAUCCGUACGGGGACUUUAAGAAAGAUGGCAGAUGGUAUGCAUUUGAUUGGAAGAUUUUAG